UGAGAGAAUCUGGAGAAUGACAAAGAGCGAUAAUAAAAAGUGUUUAUGAUAAACUACAGUACACAGAAGUACACAGUAUCUUUUGGACAUAUUUAGCAAAAUCCCCGGUGUUUAAGUGAUUUAUUAAUUGCAAAAGAUAGCCAAUAUUGUUAUUCAUUAAGUGGAAAUCGAAAGGACUAGUGUUACUUGCCAGCCAAGGCGAUUUUGGCCCAACUUUUUUGGGUGCAAAAUAAUUUCCUCACCGUGAAAUGAUGUCAUCAAUUUUGUGCGGUGUACGAUUAGAACAAGAACAUUUUUGAGUGUGUUUACAUUCGGAAAAACAGAAUUGUAUGGUUUUUAUCGUAAUUAAAACGUGUGAAGGUUAAACUAGUGGAAAAAUGGUUUUCGAGAGCAUCGUCACCGAUUUGAUGAAUCGCUUCUUGGGCGAUUUCAUUGAAAAUUUGGAUAAGAAACAAUUGAACAUUGGCAUAUGGGGAGGUGAUGUCGUACUAAAAAACCUUCAGCUUAAGCAGAGUGCUCUAAAAGAGUUAGAUUUGCCUGUUCAAACCAUCUAUGGAUGUCUAGGAAAAUUGGUACUGAAAAUACCCUGGAAAAACUUGUAUAGCUUACCAGUUGUAGCUGACGUAGAAGAUUUAUAUUUGCUAGUCGCUCCGAAUGCAGCCGUACCGUACAACGCUGAAAAGCAAGAAAAAGUCGAUUGGGAAGCGAAAAAGGGCGAGUUAGUUAAGUUCGAUGAAGCCAAAAAGCGCGAACAAGAGAAGGACAAACCGCAGGCAGAUAAAUCGUUCACUGAAAAAUUAGUCGCACAAAUCAUCAACAAUGUUCAAAUUCACAUCAAGAACGUUCACAUCCGUUACGAAGAUCGUACCACAUCGUCAAUACCGUUUUCGAUGGGAAUCACGCUUGGCACAUUGGAAGUUCACACGACGAAUGCCGAUUGGGAAAAGGCUUUCCUAUCCGAAGCACUGAGCAAAGUGUUCAAAGUGGCGAAAAUGGAUGGACUGGCAAUUUACAUGAAUUGCAAUUCGAAUUUAUUCCAGAGCAGUUCGACUACCGAGUACACGGAUCUGUUCAUGAAAACAAUUGCCACCAAAGAAGCCGUUCCCGAAAAUUUCACAUACGUUCUCGGACCCAUCAAUUCGAUAGCAAAAUUGAAAUUGAACAUGGAACCGCAACUGGAUGGAUUCGAAAGUCCUAAGGUCGAUCUGUUCCUGGAAAUGGAGAAAUUAGCCGUUGGCAUAACCAAGGCGCAAUAUCAAAAUUUAAUCGGUCUGGCUGAUAGCAUGAGUGCGAUGUCACGCGGACUACCGUACAGACAAUACCGACCCUACAACACCCCGUACCGCAAAAAUGCAAAAGUUUGGUGGCAUUUUUCGUACGAAAGUAUUUUGGAGACGGAGGUGAGACGACGAAAAAAGUGUUGGUCCUGGUCGCAUAUGUUGCAGCACAUACAGUUAUGUAAGGAAUAUGCGGCAGCGUAUCAAGCUAAAAUUUCGGUUAAGACACCCACGGCUGCUCAGAUCCAGCAAUGCGAAGAUUUGGAAAAGAAGCUGGACCUGUACAAUAUACUGCUGAUUCGUAAGCGUGUGGAUCUGGAGGUGAAAAUAUCUGACAAACAAAAGGCAGAAGCACCGAAGCCAACAUCCUGGUUUGGCGGAUGGUUCGGCGGUAACAAAGAAGACGUUACGAAGAAGAACGAAAGCGACGACAUAUUGCAUCAAUUCAAAACAGCCAUGACUCCCGCUGAAAAAGCAAAAUUGUUUGAGGCAAUUGGCUACACCGAAGGCGUCACAGACACCGUGCUUCCGCUGGAUUACGUUGCUAUAUCGAUGGAAUUCAAACUGAAUUUGUUAGAGGUGUGCGUUCGCAACGAAUCACUAGUCACUGAUCCGAAGUCACCGUCAACAUUCAACAAUCAGACCGUACUGUCGCUUCAAGUGCAAGGUGUUAAGUGCGGGAUCGACCAGCGGCCCGCGUCAAACGGACUUAAAGUUGAUUUGAACUUGAAAGAAUUCACCGUCUGCGGCUACAAACAGGAGGACCACCUGCCGGUCUUAGUGAAAUCGAAGAUCGGUGAAUUGGUUGACGUGUCUCUGUUGAAUGUUAAAUUCGAGAUGAAUCCGUUGGACAAGCUCUGUGAUCAACGGGUGAAUGUUUCGGCUAGACCAUUGGAAAUAGCCUACGAUGCUGAGACCAUCAUCCAAUUGGUGCAGACAUUUAAAUUGCCGAACAACACCAACCUAUCCGAAUUGACGGAUGCGGCUGCGGACAAAAUUUCGAAUAUUAAAGAACGUUCUGCGACUGGCAUACAGUACAUGGUGGAGAAGCAUACCCGUUUGGAGGUGAUGAUCUCUGUAAUGCCUAACUAUGUGCUGAUUCCGUUCGGUGGCAAAUACAUACCGGACAAAGUCCAAGUCAUGGUCAUCAGUUUGGGUAAAAUUUCGCUGAAAUCAGUUCCGAAUGACGAUCGUAAAGAUAUAUCGAUGAUGCAUUCACUGCAAUUUACCAAUGAGGAUAUUAUGAAGGAAGUUAUGGACCAGGCGUAUGACAAGUUCAGAUUGGAUAUUGAAAAUAUUCAGAUUUUACUAGCCAAACCGACGGAUGAUUGGAAAGAGAUUUUGUUGAGUGGCAGAGUUACCUCGAUGCAUAUUUUAGAACCGAUAGCAAUGAACGUCUGUGCUGAUAUGUGUGUGGUGGAUGAUGAUCCCCGUUUGCCGAAAACUCGCAUUACCUCGAAAUUUCCGCAUAUUCGGUUGUCGGUUACUGAAGACAAUGUACUGGAUGCGCUGGCAUUGAUCACUAGUAUUCCUUUCCCGGAAAAUGAAGAAACUAAGCCGAUGGCAUUGAACAAGGAAAGUGGAUUCGUUGCAUCGAGUAAAUCCUUCAUCCGAUAUCUCGACGAAAAACAGUCCAGAAAACCGAAGAAACCGGAAGUGAAACACACCGAUCUGUCGCAAGAGAUCAUCCAGUACACUGACUUGGAAUUCUCCUUUGUCAUGAACGAGCUUUCCGUCAACAUUUACAAAUCCAACAAAAGAGAUUUGGAUUCAACCCCGACGUCACAAUAUCGAACGCCAACCGAAGAGUUUCAAGAUGAUCAAAGUAUGUCCGUCGCCAGUCAUCGUUGCAGUGUGAUGGAAUCGGUUUUGAACGAAAGUAAUCAGGAAUUGAAGUUGUCGUUUCAAAUCAAACAACUGGAAAUGGGAUUGGUGCAACGAACGUACGAUAUGAAGGUGUCCUUGAAACUUGGAGCAAUCGUAAUGGAUGAGUACCAGCACGUCGUGGGUGUUGAAAAAACAAUCAGAAUGAUCGAGACACCUUGUUACGAUGACCUAUCUGGCUAUUUGUUCUCACUUCAGUACACCAAUGCCAACAAAGCGUCACCGGAAUUCACAACAAAGUACAAAUCUGUCGAGCAACUCAUUGAGAUAAACUUUUCGGUUUUGAUUUUGCGCCUGCAUCAAGAAGGUUUGACCGAAUUGUUGCAGAUUGCCAACAAUUUCCAGACUAAAUUGGACAAAGUCUUACAUCCGCCUGGUAAAGACCGGAUUGCCAGUGCUGGUGAUCCGGUAGCGAACGUUCUAGCUACCAUAGCCGAAGAGCCGACUGCUGUUCCGACGUCAUCGAAAGCAGCUUUGCGUAACAUUGCCUCGUUGGUCGAUUCGAUCAAGAUCAAACUCAUCGCAAAAAUGGAACGAGUUGCAAUUCUCUUGGAAAAUGAGCGACGAGCAAUUGCUGAUUUAAAGAUUGAAAACUUAACAGCCGGUGUCGUGAUGAAAACAUCUUACACCGAAGUGUCCGUAAAACUGCAAGACAUAAUCAUCACUGACAUGAAUCCAGAAACCAUUCAUCCAACGAUCAUUUCCGUUAUCGGUGGCAAUGCUAUUGCAUGCCAAAUUGUUUUGUAUAACCUUCACGAAACGUCCGUGUACAACUCGGAUGACAUGAAAAUCGAUGUGUCCAUGGGCUGUGUCAAGAUCAUUUUUCUCAAUUGGUUUGUUAACUCAGUUCUGAGCUUUUUGGACAACUUCCAAGCCGCCCAACGAGCCAUCGCCGAUGCUAGUGCUGCUGCGGCAGAAACUGCCAAACAAAACAUGGUCGAUGCAUACGCCAACGCUACCAGAAUGAGACUUAACAUAAAGAUCAAGGCGCCCAUCAUCAUCGUGCCAGUUGAUUCGAAAUCAUUGGAGGCGAUCUCAAUUGAUUUGGGUUCGCUUAGCAUCACCAACAACUGUUCUGAGAUAGUUGGUUCAAGUACGACGGACUCUGGUGCUGCUAUACUCGAUGAAAUGAAGUUGGAGUUGACUGACAUGAAAAUAUCGAAGAUUGUAGUACUAAGCAGCGAUGGUGCGCAGCGUACUGGUGACUUGGAAUCGGACAGCGUGUACGGAAUCCGCAAGGUAAACGACCAUUCAAAUAUGCUCGAUCCGACUAGCUUUGUGCUGAUAAUCAAGAGGAACUUAUCAAGCUCUUGGUACAAAGAAAUACCGGAAAUGGAUAUCUCGGGACGACUGAAGAGCAUAAUCCUCAAUCUGAUGGAAAGCGAUUACAAAAUGUUGAUGAUGAUACUGGGCAAAAAUAUGUCGGAAGGAUCGGAUGAGCGGACUGCAAUCGUUCAACCGGUAACACCAGAGAAAACGCCAAGCAAUAGUGCAUCAACGAAUACGAAUGCUCAAUUGCACGUCCUAAACGAAGCCGAAAUUACUGGUCGUGAUGGUGAAUCAUCGGCAUGGGAUUCGUUAGCUAAAAAGACCGCCGAUACGAAACCAUUCGGUCUUGACAUUGCUUCAUUGAAACCGGGAAGUCCGACGCAGGCCGUAAAUAUAUUUUUGAAAUUCGCUUUUCAAAUGGACAGCAUAAUUCUGAACCUGUUCACUGAUCAAAACGAAGGCCUUGCAACAUUCGGCAUACAUUUCCUUUCAUUGAAGGGGACCAAGCUGGUCGAUGAAUCUCUUAGUGCGUCCAUUGUUUUGUGUGACGUUCAGCUCGAUGAUACUCGACCGGACCGACAGAACUAUAUUACUAAAUACAUGAAGAAACGCGAUUCGGCAGCCCACACUCAUGAUGAUACCUCAAAACCAGAUACCUCAAUGGUGGACAUAGUUGUUCGCAUCACUCAAAACGAGAUGUUCGUGAACCUCAAAGUGUCGAGUUUCGAUCUGAUCUUAUGUUUGGAAUAUCUAAUGAAAAUCUUGCAGUUUGUUUCUGUACCUGAAGAUGAGUCUGCACCUAAGGCCAUCGCACCCGGUCCGGCGACAACAGCACCAACAACAGCGGUGUCGAAAAAAACUGUUGCAGAACCUGCAGAUGUAUCGACAGCUCCAAGCAAACAGAUGACGGUACUGUUACGAGUCGAUCAGCCGGAUAUUAUUUUGGUAGAAAAAAUGGAUGACAUCAACUGUUUGGCGUUGAUUUUGAAUACUCAAAUUGAAUUGCGAUUACGCAUCCAAGACGACAAACAAAAUAUCAAGGGCGACAUAUCCGAUCUGAAAUUCUACAUCUGCGAAUUUAAUCCUGCCAGACGAGAGGCAACCAAACAUUUUAUUUUGCAGCCAUGCCAGAUUGCUCUGCAUGGUAAUACGCCCGAAGAGAGAGGAAUGAACAUUAGUCUGACAACGAGUGACAUUCGAGUCAAUAUUUCACCAGCAAUUAUUGAACUUUUGAACAAGACAUUGACUACUCUGACCGGAAGUGAAGCCAAGAAUGAUGAAACUUUGGUGGAAAUGACGGACUACAGCGACCUUUGGGAUGUAAAAACGUACAAAGACGCCGACUAUUGGUUUAUGAAAGUUGACGAUGCCGAGGAUGUUCUAAAGACAUUGGAUCUAGUUGAAGUAAAGGAACAUUUACCGGAAGUGUGUAUUGUAGAAGUACCGUCCAUCGUUUUGGUUAUUGAAACGGGUUUGGGCUACUACACGUAUCCGAUGUUAGUAAUCGAAACCAAAAUGAAUGCCCAAGUGAGAGAUUGGAGCUCAGAGAUUUCCAUUGAAAGUUCAAUGACCCUUGGAAUGGCUUACUACAACAGUUCCAUGGCGGUAUGGGAACCAAUUAUCGAACCGAAUGAACGGGAAAAAUCAAAUGGAUUGUCUGAAUACGGUCCAUGGGAACUCAAUUUUAGUUUGAAAAUCGAAAAGAAUUUGGAUGACAAUACGGGUCAAGUCGAACCAAAAACAAAAAUCUCAGUCUCAUCGUCGGAUACGUUGGAAAUGUCCGUCACGAAAACGUGUCUCGACGUUCUACAAGAUCUUGGAAAUGCAUUUUCUCAGGCUAUUCGUCCGGAAGGCUUGCACAAACCGGAUAUUGUAGCGCCGUACAUUGUCGAAAAUGAUACCGGCUUCGAUGUUACGUUGAAUCUCAAACGAGGAGCAUUUUUCUUGCACACCUCGCAUCUACCGACUGGUACUGGUAAUGAAGAAGUCGUAAGAAGUGGCGUCGUUUUUAAGUCAUCGACGACCAAUGGAACUGAACUGAGUCCGGAAGAAGUGACAACAUGCAAAAUUUCGCCAGGAGCUAAAGCUUAUCUGCAGGGAAAGAAGGAGGAUUCAAUGAAUGCGAUCAGUGCGUUUAGUUCGCUGAACAAGGAUAGUCAAAACGACAUGUUCUUACACGUACAGAUUGGUGACAUCGAUAAAGAGGUUACGCUGCCUAUACAUAAGGCCGAUCGACGAUACUUUCCACUGUACCGGGAUACGAAACAGGAACCUUGGGGAAUCCUGUCAAAUGUGAAAACUGAGUACGGCAGUAAAGUCAUCACCAUCAGCGGUGUACUUAAGAUACAAAACCACUUUUCAACCACGGUCAACGUAUUCCGAAUGCGUGACGGAAUCUUCCACGACAUCGGCCAAGUUGCACCCGGUUCUAGCUACAAUGUACCUCUACACGCGUUAUAUGCUGCGCACAAGGAACUGUACUUUUCGAUAGCCGGAUAUAAAACAUCGGUUCAAGGAAUCAACUGGAAAGAUUGUCCCAGCGACUUUAAGUACACAAAAUACCUGCAAUGUGACCCAAUGGACACAUUCGAACCAUUUUAUAUAACGGCAAUCCGAGAACGCGAAGAAGUUUACCAUGAAGUUACAUCUAAAGUGACGAUGCUAAGUGCGUGCUAUGUGGUUCACUUGAAACCACCACUCUAUUUGCGGAACGCUUUACCCAUCGAUAUUAGUAUAUCAGUUGCUGGUUGCUCGGUAGCCAAUACCGAUGAUGUAACCGAAGCCAAAGAAGUGUCACAAGUCGAUGGAUCUCCGGUUAAGAAAAAUGUCGGCCUGGAACUUUCGCCAAGAGAUGACUUUUUGGACUAUGGCGAAAAAGUGGUUAAACCCGGCGAUGUACUUCAUCUGCCAACGGUUAAGACAACCGUCAAAGAAGGUGACAAUAAGAGUUAUCUCGUUGCAAGGCUCAUUCAAUAUUUGGAAAAAGAUUGGUCCUGCACCACUGAAAUACCGUCUGUUCCAUCUGAGUUUGCCGUCUGGACAUUCUCCUCAUAUGAUUCAGUGGAUAAAAUGACUCUUGACUUGGGUGUUAAGUUCGAAAAUCGUUAUGGCAGCCUUCAGUUAACGGUGUAUUGUCCGUACUGGAUGAUCAACAAAACCGGUCUUCUUUUGAGCUAUCGCAAGUCACGAAAAACCGAAAAACAUGAACUCUCUGGUUCACCUGCUAAGGCCAGCGACGAAAAUGUCAACGUUCUCUACCAUCCUCCCGAAUGGGAAGGACCGAUUCUAUUCUCCUUCCGCGAAAAGGUCUUUUUCGGAAAGAAACGUGCAUCCGUCCGAGUCGAAUCCGGAGAAUGGAGCGAUCGUUUUGCCUUGGACGCGGCUGGAUCUACUGGCGUUGUGGAAUGCAAAUCGAAUGAGAUGAUCUAUGAGAUUGCCGUACACAAUACACUGACGCACAACUCGUUGACGAAACAAAUCAUGUUCAUUCCGAUGUAUGUGAUGAUGAACAAAGCCCCAUUUACGAUCGAAGUACAGGAGGAUCGACGACCUGGCGAUCCGUGGAUUGAAGUGCCUCAAGAUCAAUGUGUUCCACUAUGGCCAAAGACUGACUCCAGCAAAUUGUUGCGCGUCAAAUCCAAAGACGACAUGAAUUUGUCCUGCCCGUUCCGAUUCAAUGAGGUGCAGUGUAGUUUGCUCCGAUUCAAUAACAAGUAUGGUGGAAUAAAUGUCGAUGUUCAAGUGACCGAAGGAGGUGUUUACAUUACAUUUAUGCAGUACCAUGCUGGCGAUGCUCCAGCUCUAAUCAUUAAUCACACAAAUCAUCCUAUCAGUUUCCGGGAAAAAGGAAAUGUUAACGAAAGAUCUCUCAAUCCAUCCGAAAAGAUUCUCUACACAUGGACUGAUCCGGCUGGCGAUCGAAUUUUGUUAUUUAACGACGGUGACAAGCACAUUGAAAAUGACUUACGUCGCGAUGGAGUCGCCCCGUACCAAAAUUGUCAGGAUGAGAAAUGUUUCUGGGCAUCGUUCUUGGAUGGAACGCAAAGGGUGCUGCUGUUUACCAACGAUGAAUACAUUGCAACUGAAACGCAGAGCGUCAAUCAAUUGGAAAAGGUGACCCAAGAAAUCGAAGUUGACAUCCAUGGUAUCGGAUUGUCGCUGGUCAAUAAUUUGAAGCAAUGCGACAUCAUGUACAUCGGUAUCGCCAGUUCGGGUGUAAUUUGGGAGGAGAAGAAGAAGAACAAAUAUUUCAAACAGAUGAAGAUCCAAGAGGUUCAGAACAUGGAAAGUAAAUUUCAGGAAUACUUACGCGACAGACAGGUCGGAUCACCGCCAAAUAAACAAUACCAUUUGGAUGGCGCCGGCAAAAUUCGAAUCGAUUUCGACGAAAUGAAAUUGUACAAAUCGAAUCCGCGUGAAAUUCAACGCAUGUUCUAUCCGGGCCUGUGGAUCAAAAUGAACUCAUCUCCAUAUCAAAAGCAAAUUCAUGCGAAAAUCAAUCGAAUACAAAUUGACAAUCAAUUGGCUGAUUGUAUAUUCCCGGUGGUGCUGGCACCUGUGCCACCGCCGAAAAGUGUUGCCGCUACAACUGCGUUGAAACCGUUUGUGGAGUGCAGUAUUGUGGAACGAAUCAUUCCCCAUUCGGAUGUUAAACAAUUCAAAUACCUUACGAUGCUGAUACAAGAGUUUCACGUUAAAGUCGACUUGUUGUUCAUCAAUGAAAUCGUGGAAAUGGUUAGCACGGACUUGACGGACGAGGAAUCGCGCCAGAAAUUCGCCGACGAUAUUCAACGCCAAAAGGAACCUCUGUCGGCUCUCGUUCUGACCCAUUCGUCUCAAGAGCAAAAGAACUUCUACGAUCAACUGCAUUUGGGUCCAUUGAAAAUUCACAUUUCCUUCUCAAUGGCUGGCUUGGAGCCAGGAGCUCUACCUGGUGUAUUGUCAACAAUUCUGCAAGGUGUUGGCGUCACUCUUACUGACAUCAAUGACAUCGUCUUCAGACUGUCGUUUUUCGAUCGACAAUACACAUUCUUCACUCAACGACAAUUGACGUCGGAAAUCGUGAACCAUUAUGCUGGGCAGGCGGUUAAACAAGCUUAUGUACUGAUAUUAGGAUUGGAUGUUAUUGGAAAUCCUUACGGAUUGGUUGUUGGACUAACGAAGGGUGUCGAAGAUCUGUUUUAUGAACCGUUCCAGGGAGCCGUUCAAGGACCGCAAGAAUUUGCUGAAGGCUUGGUGCUUGGUGUCAAAUCGCUAUUUGGCCAUACAGUUGGUGGUGCAGCUGGAGCUGUCUCCAAAAUCACCGGCGCAAUGGGCAAAGGUCUGGCAGCACUGACCUUCGACAAAGAGUAUCAAAAGAAACGCCGUGAACAACUCAACAAGAAACCAGCUAAUUUACAGGAAGGCAUUGCACGGAGUGGAAAGGGACUCGUCAUGGGUGUCGUCGAUGGUGUAACCGGCGUAUUUACGAAACCGAUCAGUGGAGCCAAGGCAGAUGGAGUCGAAGGUUUCUUCAAAGGCUUGGGUCAAGGUGCCGUCGGUUUGUUGGCCCGACCGACAACUGGUAUCGUUGACUUUGCCAGCGGUAGUUUCGAUGCCGUUAAACGAGCUGCUGAAAUGUCUGAAGAUGUGAAUCGGUUACGUGCUCCCCGUUUCUUACACUCUGACGGAAUAUUGAGACCAUUUUGUGUUCGUGAAGCUGAAGGAAAUAAAUUGUUGAAAGAAAUCGAAAAGGGAAAAUACGCCAACAGUGACACCUUCGCUCAUUAUGAAGUGAUAAUUGAAAAACGGGACGUUCUUCUGCUGUCAGACCAUCGCAUUUUAUAUUGCGUGAAGAAUGACAUAUUUGGUGGUUGGCAGGUGGAAUGGACCUAUCGUUGGCCCGAAAUCACUUCCAUUAAAGCGACUGAACGUGGCGUCCAAAUCGUUAUCGGUGAAAAAACCAAAAAGAUGUUCGGCGUCUUUGGGUCCAGUGAUCAGUUGAAGAAAUUGAUAUUAAUCCAGCAACGAGCAAAACGUGACAAUCUCACCAUUAUCAUGGAUGCGUUGAAGCAAAAGAGCGCCUUAUCAGACAAAUAAACUUUUGAAUUUCGCUCAUUUUUUUCUUUCAUAUGAUAAUCGCUUUGUGUUGAAAAUGUUUGCACUUCCUUUGUACUCACCAGAUUUUGGAGAAGAAAUUCAAAUCUAAAAUGUCGAAAAUUUAUUGCGAAUAAAAGUUCUACCUCAAUUGGACGAAAAAGUUUUAAGAAAAUUUUCAUCUGUCAUAACGACGACAAAGAUAAUUACAAGCUCUCGGUAAUAUGGUCCUUUAUAUAGUAAAAUGCAUGUUAAACAAAAUUGAAGUACAAGAUUUGAAAUCAGCCGAUUAAAAAUACUUUGAUCGAUGGAAGUAAUAGAUCCGAUAAUAAUACUGGACAUAUGCUUGCCAUAUGCAACAGGCUAAAUGCUGUUGGUGGACUGAUGCUUUCAAUAUUUGCGAGAUAUUUUUUUACAAAUUUUUAUUUUCUGUUUUUGUUCCCUUUUUCAAACUAAUUUUUUACCUAAGAUGUUUAACACCCACUUGCUUUUUCUAAAAAAAAAAAAUUAAAAAAAAUUUGAAA